UAAUCAUUAAACGUGACGACGGGCGUGCUUCUUUAUGUCCCACGACGUCGUUUCUAUGUUGUCUCUGUUGUUCUUUUUUUUUAAUCUCAGCUUCCUCCUCCGUCUCAGUCGAUCGUCUUCUGAAAUAUUCCGGCGGAAAAACAAAUGUCCGUUAAUGAAAGUAUCGAUCCUCGGUUCCUAUACCAUAUGGAAGAUGAAUCUCUGCGGUUCCGUGUGGGAGAGUCCGCUCCCAAAAUCCGGGAGCUCGAAACCGUCGGCGAUCGUCGUUUCAGACUCCGGCAAAGUUUCAGCGGAAAUAGACUUGAGAAGGAUGAAACGAGGUAUUCCGAUGGAGAUGAAGACGAGGAAAACGUUUCUGCCGGAAGACACGGUGCUUUGAUGAGUCAACCUGGUAUUGAUUCUGCAGCUGCAGAAACAAACAGUGAAAGUAAAAAUCCAGGUUCAGUUGGUUGGGAACUGGUUGUGAGAGAAGAUGAGGAAAGGAAAUCAUCGAUGAUAGAUCGCCAUGAAAUGGAGUUUAAGGUGAUGAUCACUACUAACCCAGAUGAUAAUAAUGUACCUCAUUCCCACCAUAACACGCUGUCAAAACGAUAUUUUUCUUCUCUGGACAAGGAGAGAGUCACUAGUGUCAGCUCUUGGGAGUCUCUCAAAGCCAUCCUCUCUGAUCCUGUCACAGGAACCUUAAUGAAUGAUGCUACAAUACUGCCUUGUGGACAUUCUUUUGGAGCUGGAGGAUUAAAAGAAGUUAAAAGAAUGAAAGCAUGUUUCACAUGUUCCCAACCUACUUCAGAAGGAUCAGGAAAGCCAAAUCUGUCUCUUAGGAUUGUAGUUCAUGCUUUCUGCCAAGAAGAAGAAUCAGAUUAUAUACACUCGUUGAAGCGAAGGAAAGACAAGUCGGAUCAGCACAAGAGAAGUUUCUGUAUCCCAAAGAUCACAGAACCUCCAAAGAGUAGCCGAGGCAUACAGUUUCCUUUCUCCAUUGGAGAUCUUAUUAUCAUAGAGGGAAACAAAAGGACACCUCCACGGUUUGUCGGACGCAGGGCAGUUAUAAUGACACAGUGCUUGAAUGGAUGGUACGUUGUCAAGACAGUGGACAAUGCAGAGUCUAUUAAGUUACAGCAUUGCUCACUUGCAAAGAUUUCGGACAAUUCAUCUGCUAAAGUAACAGUAGCUGAAAUGGCACCAUCUUGGCUUUAGCUCAUAGAGAUCAGCGUCUGUAAUUUUUCGUUCAGGAGAAAUUAGAUACUACAUUUCAUUAUGUAGUGCAGGAAGGAGACAACAAUUUUCUUGUAUUAUUAAGUCCAGUGUUUCAUAAAUUCAUACAAGAAAACUUUGCCCUCCAACAGAUGUGUAUUGAAGCAAAUGCCAAAUGCCAACUGUAGGAUUGAUAUUAAAAAGGUCGCUUCUAAUGUUA